GGUGGAAUGUACUGGUUGGUGCUACUGGAUGACUACAGUGCUGGGUUUGGGCUCAUGGUGGUGGUCAUAACUACCUGUCUGGUAGUAACACGUGUUUAUGGCAUGAAAAGAUUUUGCCGUGACAUUCACAUGAUGCUGGGUUUCCAACCAGGGAUAUACUUUAGGGCCUGCUGGUUGUUCCUGUCUCCAGUAACAAUGACGGCCCUGCUUGUCUACAGCAUUAUCAAGUACCAGCCUUCAAAGUACAAUGGGACCUACUGUUUUCCAUCUUGGGCUGAGGCUCUGGGCAUCCUAAUGGGGAUCUUCUCUUGCCUGAUGAUCCCCAUAGGAAUGCUGUUUGCUGUGCUCCGAGAAGAAGGAACACUCUGGCAAAGAAUUCAGCAAGCUAGCAGACCAACUAUGGAUUGGGGUCCUUCUCUGGAGGAGAACAGAACUGGCAUGUAUGUGGCCACCCUGGCAGGUAGCCAGUCUCCUAAACCUUUGAUGGUCCAUAUGAGAAAAUAUGGAGGGAUAACUAGCUAUGAAAACAUAGCUUUUCAAAUUGAUAAAGAGAUGGAAGAGGAUGAAGAAGAAUCUAUCAUAUGAAGAAACAGUCUACCUAUUCACAUCAGGUGGUGGAAGGCAAAGAGAUUGUGGGGAAUACUCUGCCCAACUUUGCACUUUGGCACAUCAGUCCAAUCAGCAGUCUGUUUCCAGAUGCAGCCAAAGAUUGCCUAUUCAGAACCUUAUACUGGUGCAUUUGGCUGUAAAUCCCAAUGUUGUUGAGGUUUCUGUUCAAUGUGACAAGAUGUGCAAUGAGCUUGUCUUAGUGCUUUGAUGCCUGAUGCAGGUCACUCAUCCAUGUUGUCCUUGCUGCUGUCACCAAGAAUGGGUUUCUCAAAUUCAAAAUAAGUAUACUGUAUGCUAGUUCCUAUUGUAUUGAUCCAAUCUAUUUUCCUGUAGUUAUAUGCUUGUACUUCUUUAUCCACAAACUUCCUCGUUCCAUAGGAAACUUAGAAGUUUUUUUAUCCAGUGGACCACUUCUCAAAAACCUUCCAUUGUUCUAUCUUCUGUGGUGUAAUAAAUGGUAAUUUUGCAUAGUACCUGAGGAGUUUGAAAAUAGCUUAUGGGGUGCAUUCCUUAUAGAAAGUCAGAGACCUUGGACAUGUGUAUGAAUUGCAAGAAAAUAUUCAAUAUCACAGUAAGUAUAACAUUCCAAAUCAAUUAGUCUAAUUGUUAAGUCUAGGAUAAAUUAAAAGAUACAGAGGAAUUGUUUUGGGACAACCAUAAAAUCCAAUGUAUAAUGUAUUCAGUCUUAUAUUGGUUUGACGCAGAUUUCUAGAAGUUAGAAAUAACUAACAAGGUUUCUUUUUUCCCAAGGAUUAACACAAUCUUGGGAAGCAAAUUCAUGCCAGUAAAAGAAAUAUCUGCACUAGAAAGGUUAAACUGACUGAAAAAUGUCUUUCACAUGAAGAUACAUUACAAAAUAAUAAUAAUAAUAACUCCAACCAACAUUUUUAACAAUUGUUUGUAUGGUGACUGGACACUUUGGCGUCUGUUUAUAAAGGGGUUAAUUUAUACCUGCAGAGUCUCAUAAAUUAUCUCUGAAAACUGUAGGAAUAAGAGUUCAAAUUAAGUACUAUGUACAUUCAUAUGAUGUUUUA